AUGAAUGCUCAAGGGAGAGCUGACAUCCUAUUGAACCGCCCCAUCCAUUACGCAAGCCAAAGCAGCCACGAUGCGACACCUGCCACGGUCUUUCAGAAUCACCAAGCUCUAGUAUACACGCUCCUCGCCCUAAUUUCUGCCUACGUGGUAGCCGACCACUUCGGCCUCGCGCCAGUCUCUUUGAUCCAAUUUCUUUGGAACAUCCUCGUCUAUCUUACACCCGCCCGCGUCCUUGUCGCAUUAGACUCCAGAAUGUCGCCGGCCGAUUCCGACCCCUCAAAUCCUUCCCAAAUGACGAUGCACGCCAAAAGUGAAUCGAUGCAACGGAUUCUGGGCCUUGACAAUAACUCGUUUCCUUUCAUACCUCGCCCGCGAGCUCUCUCCGGCAUUGGGAGUGUUUUCCUGGGAAACAACAAAGAAGCGAUUCCCCGGGGGCUAGGGAACUGGGAUAAUUCCUGUUACCAGAACAGUAUAAUCCAGGGACUGGCCUCUUUGAAAUCUCUUUCAUAUUUCCUGCGCCAGAACGUCGAUGAACUAGCCGAGAACAGCUCUCUUUCAACACAUGAGGCGCUAAGGGGGAUCAUCGACCUCUUGAACAGCGCAUCGAAGUACGGACAGAAGUUAUGGAUCCCACCGGAGCUCAAAUCAAUGAGCAGUUGGCAACAGCAAGACGCGCAGGAAUACUUCUCAAAAGUGGUGGAUCAGAUAGACAUUGAGAUUCGAAGGGCGUCCAAAGGACAGACAAGAAACCUGGGCCUGAAGAUGGCUGGUCCGCAAGAAAAUAUUCUUGGCAGCCUUGAUCAAAAUUCCACGACUAAUGACGGCAAGUCUAACGCCAACUCAACUUCCGAAACAGCCUCGCUUCGCAAUCCGCUUGAGGGCUUACUUGCCCAACGCGUGGGAUGUACCAAGUGCGGGUGGACCGAAGGACUCUCGCUAAUCCCAUUCAACUGCCUCACGGUUCCACUUGGGAGCAAGUUUGAAUACGAGGUUGGUGAAUGCCUAGACGAUUACAUGGCUUUGGAGGAAAUAGAGGGCGUCGAGUGUGCCAAAUGCACUCUACUGCGUGCUCAGCAACAACUGAAAAACCUUCUGGGAGACAUCCUAGGCGGUGACGGGUUCUCUGACAGGCCGGAGUCUCCUGGUCUGUCAGAUGCUGUGGUAACUUCUGCGCAAGCUAGACUGGAAGCCGUGAAUACCGCCUUGGAAGGCCAUGAUUUUGCCGAGAAAACCCUCACAGAGAAAUGUCACAUCCCUUCGAAAAACCGGGUUUCAUCGAUAAAGUCCCGGCAAGCGGUUAUUGCGCGAGCUCCUCAAUGCCUUGUCGUGCAUAUCAACAGAAGUUUGUUUGACGAAAUGACAGGCAUGCUCAAGAAAAACUAUGCCGGCGUCAAUUUCCCAAGGACGAUGAAUCUGAAUAAUUGGUGUCUUGGGGUCCGAUCUACUGGGCAAACCGGAGAAUCUCAUGAGCAAUGGGUUACGGACCCCCGAGAGUCGAUGCUUCCUCGUGCAGGUGAAGCAGUCGAUGUCCCCAGCAGACAGUACGAACUUCGAGCCAUCAUCACCCACUACGGACGACAUGAGAACGGGCAUUAUGUAUGCUAUCGCAAAUACUCCACAGCGGAAUUCCCGGCUCCCGUUCCAGACGAGGUGCUCCAGGCGGAGGGAGACAAGGAAAAAGCCGAGCGUUGGUAUAGGCUGAGCGAUGACGAUGUGCAGAUGGUCAGCGAGGGCCAUGUGAUGUCACAGGGUGGUGUUUUCAUGCUUUUCUACGAAGCCAUCGAGCAAAAUCUUUCGGCACGCCCCGAAGAGCCGCUGGGCACGGAAACCGUUCUGAACGAACCAACAGAAUCGGUAUCCAAUUUCACAGAAGACAUGUCUACAACCUCUACAGUUGCAGAUGCAGAGUCGAGUACAUCGCGCGCUACCAGUGUUUCUGCCUCUGACCAACCCUCUCUGCCUGUCGAGAACAGCAAGUCUCCAAUUCCACCUCUGAAAACCUCCGGUGUGGUAAAUAUCAACACGCAAGACAGCGGUGGCGACACAAUUGGCUCGCCGACUUUUAUCACCGCGUCAUGA